AAGAAUCUCUCUCCCCAUCACCAUGGAAAGAUACUGCUCUGCUGUCCGCAAGAUGGAGCAAACAGUGAUGUUUCCUAGCCUUCUCCAAGGGGUCUCCUUGGAAGACCAGGACAACACAUUUGAGGCCAACUCUUGUGAUGGCAAUUCCGGGGACAGAGACUUGUAUGAAUAUUUCACCCUCCUCAAAUCCAUCAAGCUGAUGGCCGAGAGCGGCCUGGUCCCUCUCAGCGAAAAGAAUUCCAGCGUCAGAGAAGAGGAGGACGAAGAGGAGGCUGAUCUUGAAGGACUCUUCCAUUAUCAUGUCUCUGGCUUGCGCCAUGUUCUCACGCAGUUGACGACAAAAGCAAACACAGUUACUUCCAAAUACAAUGAAAUCAUGGGGCAGAUCAACCAGAACAAAAUCUCUCUCCGGUGGUGAAACACACAUGGAGAACAGAAAAGGACUCGCUGCAUUUCACAACCUGGACCAGGUGUACGACUUGAUGGUCCUAUACCUGGGAAGGAGCCCAGAGACCUCAGAUUCAGUGUCCAUCUCACGGAAUCAGAGUGAGAUGAACUA